AUGCUCCCCCUUCUCUGGCUUCUUCCGCUUGCCCUAGCAGCGUUUGACACACCUGCUACACCUUACUCGCCAUAUGAAAUUACGUGCCCCAACGAGAAUUUCACCCGAGAUGGCGAUUCCAUAUCGCCCCGGGAAAAAGAGUGGGUCGCUUCCCGGCAAAAGAAAACAAACGAGGCUCUUGCCGCAUACUUGGCUCGUGUUGGUGUCGAUGCCCACAAGGAAGUCUUUGAGUCGAAACAGCCCCCCAACAUUGCUGUGGCGCUUUCUGGAGGAGGCUGGCGUGCUUUUCUCGGUUCUGCCGGUGCCCUUUAUGCCAUGGACAACCGUACUGCCGGGGAAGGUGCGUUGGGAGGUGUUCUCCAGAGUCUGACGUAUCUCGGGGCACUUUCCGGAACUUCGUGGAUCGUGGCGCUGCUUGCGCUUCAAGGUUUCCCUACGAUCGAGGAGGUUGUGUACGAGAACCCAGAUGACAUUUGGAACUUGCUGUUGGAGCGUGGUCUUGUAAACCUUACGCAGAUUAUCCCCUUGGCGGCCAACGUGGCUUUCAACGACUACAACCGUCUUUUGACUCACUUUAGCUACUGGGACACGCCUUCGGGCCAAGGUAUCAAGGCAGACGUCGAGGCCAAACAAGCUGCCGGCUUUAACAUCACCUCUGUGGAUGUGUGGGGCAGAGGCUUGGAGCACCAGCUUUUUGCCGAAAGCGGAAACAACUGGCUCAAUGGUGUCACUUGGCUGGAUAUCCAGAAAGUUCCUGCUUUUGCCCAGCACGACAUGCCUUUCCCUUUUGUCACAGCCUUGACCAGGAAGCCUGGUGAAGUCUACUAUGGCAUUGACUCGCCUAUUGUCGAAUUCAAUCCAUAUGAGACUGGCUCCUUCGACGCUUCCAUCAACACUUUCCACGACACAAGUCUUUUGGGCUCUCAGGUGGAUGACGGUAAGCCUGUGGGCAGAUGUGUCAAAGGAUACGACCAGGCUUCGUUUGUUUUUGGUAUCUCGUCGUCGCUCUUCAACAUGUUCCUCAACACCUUGGUCUGUCCCGUGUGCAAGUUCAAUCCUAUUCUCAAGUUCUUUGCUCGUCGUCUUUUGCUUCUGAUGUCGAAAAACCUUCAAGAUGUGGCAUUAGUGCUGCCAAAUCCGUUCAAGAACUCGCGGUUCACAACUCUGGAUGACUACAAAAAAGACGAUACCCUCUACUUGAUUGAUGGCGGCUUGUCUGGUGAAUUGUUGCCGCUCCUGUCUCUUAUUGUGGCUCCUCGGCAAUUGGAUGCGGUGUUUGCCAUUGACAAUAACGGUCCCUUGCACCCCAACGGCCUGUCGAUCAUCUAUGCAUACGAGAAGCAAUUUAUGCCCGAGGGUAAGUCUAUUGUGUGCCCAUAUGUGCCUGGUGAAUCAACUUUUGGAUACUACAACUUGACUGCACGUCCCACAUUCUUUGGCUGUGAUGCCAAAAACCAAUCCUCUUUGGCCAAAGAUGGUGUGGUGCCACCUUUGGUGGUGUACUUGGCCAACCGUCCUUUUGAGUUCUGGUCCAAUGUCAGCACCCUCAAGCUCACGUACUCGGACCGCGAGAAGAAGGGUAUGAUUACCAACUUCUACGACAUUGCCACCCGUAUGAACAGUACCCUUGACGAAGAUUGGCCUAAAUGUGUUGGAUGUGCCAUGGUCCGUCGUCUGGAGGAACGCGAGGGUAUUGAGCAGUCUGAAGAGUGUAAGAAGUGUUUCUCCAAGUACUGUUGGGAUGGCCAGCUUUAUGAAGAUCCAAACUACGUGCCUCCAGGCAACUUUGACCUCGAAGGUAAGACUGACGAACCAAUGGAGUUGUGGGGCAACAAUGAAUAUAUCAGGGUUAACCCAUAUGGUGAUCCUCUUUGGGAGCGCAUUGGUAAGGCGUUGCUUAACUGGGGUGGUACUACCUUCUAA